AGGAGCUGGUCGAAGUGGCUGGGGAGAGGGAAGUCUGGGCCUCUCUGCUUAGGCUGCUGCCCCCGUGACCCGACCUCGGAUAAGCGGAAGAAGAUAGCUGGAUGAAUGGAUGAAUAGUUUUUUGCGACAAAAUGCCCCUUUUUCUGGCUUGAGCACCUACAUAAAAAAUGUCUUUAUAAAGUAUAAUGGUCAAGGUCGAUAAUUUGAGGCUAUUAUGAGAUACUCUCAAAAUCUGUUUGUUUGAAAAAAAAAAAAAAAAAAAGGCUUUAUUUUGAAAAUAAUUGCGGUCCAGUCGGGAAACGAAGAUGCUGACUUCUGACGCAUGCGCAAAAGUGUCGGCGACGAAGGGUAAGAAGACCAAGAUGGCGGACUGAGUGCCUGUUUCACGUUCACGAUCUUAAAGCCAUGUAGAUUUAGAUAUAGCAUCAAAUACCUCAAGAUUCAUUUUUUCCCUAAAGCCUGCGAAACGGAAGCUAAGUUUGGAGCGAUGGAGUGUUAUCUGAAGUGAAGAUUGAAGACGUGAUAGAAGAUGGACGACUACUGCUAUGCUAAGAUGGUGACGUCAUUCAAAAGAGAACAUGAAAGACAAUCAGAAACUUCCAGCAAAUCACCAACGGAGAAGAUGAUAAAAACUGAAGAUGAAGACAUCCAGAAGCUGAUUAGUCAUCCAGAAGAACAUCUCCCUCAGUCAGGACGGAGCUCCACUUUGAAGCAGGAGACUCCACAACCACCCUGCAUUAAAAAGGAAGAGGAGGAACUCUGCAUCACUCCGGAGGGAGAGUGUCUUCUAGGACGAGAGGAAGCUGAUCUCACCAAGUUUCCACUGACCGUCGUCUCUGUGAAGAUUGAAGAUGAUGACGAGAAACCACAAGUAGACAACCUCUUAGCUCCACUAUCAGAUAGUGAGGCUGAAGACGAGGUUGAAGUACCUUUGAGCAGCGAUACAGACUGUGAUGGUGAUGUGAGGACUCAAACUCACGACAAACACCCCGAAUGCUCUAAAAAUUACAGAAUCCAAAAUAAUUUGAGCUGCUCAGUUUGUGCUAAAAGUUUUACCAAAAAAAGCCUUUUGACGCAACACAUGAGAACGCACACUGGAGAAACACCAUUUGUGUGUUCAGUUUGCAGUAAAAGCUUUACGAAAAAGAGCAGUUUGACCGAACACAUGAGAAGACACACAGGAAAAAAAACAUGUUGUUGUUCGGUUUGUAGUAAAAGCUUUUUUAAAAAAAGCAGUUUGACUGAACACAUGAGAACACACACAGGAGAAAAAACAUUUUGUUGUUCAGUUUGUAGUAAACGAUUUAACAAAAGGAGCAGUUUGACUCAACACAUGUUGACACACACCGGAGAGAAAACAUUUAUUUGUUUAGUUUGUGGUAAAAGCUUUUCUCAAAAAAGCAAUUUGACUCAACACACGAGAACACACACUGGAGAAAAAACAUUCAAUUGUUCAGUUUGUGGCAAAAACUUUUCUCAAAGGAGCACUUUAACGCACCACAUGAGGACACACGCAGGCGAAAAAACAUUUGUUUGUUCAUUUUGUGGUAAAAGCUUUUUUUCCAGAUCAGGUUUGACUCCGCACAUGAGAACACACACUGGACAAAAGCCAUUUAUUUGCUCAGUUUGCGGUAAGAGCUUUUCUCAAAAGAUCGGACUGACUCAACAUUCGAGAACACACACGGGGGAAAAACCAUUUAACUGUUCAAUUUGUGGUACACAUUUUUCUCAUAAGAGCAGCUUGAUUCGACACAUGACAACGCACACAGGAGACAAACCAUUUAAUUGCUCAAUAUGCAAUAAAAGCUUUUCUCAAAGGAUCAGAUUUGCUCAACACAUGCGAAGACACACGGGAGAAAAACUAUUUAGUUGUUCAGUUUGUAACAAAAGUUUCUUUACCAGACAAGGGUUGGCCAAACAUAGGAUGAAGCAUACUCGAGAAAAACCUUUUAGUUGUUCAGUCUGCGGCGUAAGAUUCCAUCGUAAUACAGAUGCAGUAGAACACACAACAAAACACACACGGGAGAAAAACCAAGCAGGUGUUUAGUGUGUAGUAUACAUUAUAUUAUGCUGAUAUCUACAAUGCAUGAUGGGUGAUAUGCAAAACACUGUCUCCACACUUCCCCAUGUUUGGCGCAUUUUAGCUGCUUGAUAUUUAUGACUGAUUACAAAACUUACAGGAGGUCGUCAGGAAAGAAAACAAAGGUAGGAGUCGAAAUGUCACAUACUCUUAAAGGGGAACAUUAUCACCAAACCUAUGCAAGCGUCAAUAUAUACCUUGAUGUUGCAGAAAAAAGAUAUUUUAUUUUUUUAACCGAUUUCCGAACUCUAAAUGGGUGAAAUUUGGCAAAUUAAACGCCUUUCUGUUUAUCGGUCUUUGACGUCACCGAGGUAACACACCCGCCAUUUUCAUUUUCACAUUACAAACACCGGGUCUCAGCUCUGUUAUUUUCCAUUUUUUCAACUAUUUUUUGGAACCUUGUAGACAUCAUGCCUCGUCGGUGUGUUGUCGGAGGGUGUAACAACACUAACAGGGAGGGAUUCAAGUUGCACCACUGGCAAGAAAUCUGCCGCCAGACCCCCAUUGAAUGUACCAAAGUGUCUUCACAUUUGACCGGCGAUGCUAAGACAGACAUGGCACAGAGAUGUAUGGAUAACCUGCAGAUGCAUUUGCAACAAUUAAGUCAACGAAAUCACAAAGGUGAGUUUUGUUGAUGUUGUUGACUUAUGUGCUAAUCAGACAUAUUUGGUCACUCACGGCAUGACUGCCAGCUAAUCGAUGCUUACAUGCUACGCUAAUCGAUGCUAACAUGCUAGCUGUAUGUACAUUUGAAACGAGAUACCCACAUUUAAUGCGAAACAAACACUUACCAAUCGAGGGAUUUAAGUUGCUCCAGUGUCACAAGAUGCGAAAGUCCUGAUCGUUUGGUCCGCACAUUUUACCGGCGAUGCUAAUAAGGCAGCCAUGCUAUGGGCCACUUCAUUAGGUACACCUAUGCUAUGGCCGAAUAGCGUCAAUAGCUAUUCGCUCAAUAACUUCAAUUUCUUCUUCAAUUUCGUUUUCGCUAUCUGCCUCCAUACUCCGACCAUCUGUUUCAAUACAUGCGUAAUCUGUUGAAUCGCUUAAACCGCUGAAACCCGAGUCUGAAUCCGAGCUAAUGUCGCUAUAUCUUGCUGUGGUAACCGCCAUGUUGUUUGUAUUGGCAGCCCUGUAUGACGUCACAGGGAAAUGAAUAGUAGUUUCAAAGAUAGCGAAAAUAAGGCACUUUAAAGCUUUAUUUAGGGAUUUAGGGUCCUCUCCAAGGUUUCUCAUUGUCACUGGCGUCCCACUGGAUGUGAAUUCUCCCUGCCCACUGGGUGUGAGUUUUCCUUGCCCUUUUGUGGGUUCUUCCGAGGAUGUCGUAGUCGUAAUGGUUUGUACAGUCCUUUGAGACAUUUGUGAUUUAGGGCUAUAAGACUAAACAUUGAUUGAUUGAUUGAUUUAGAAAUUGCAGACGUGAUUUAUUUAUUUUUGUUGUUGUCACAUUGAUGUGUCGUGUUCAGUUGAUUUAUAAAGUGACAGUUGAUUUGCAAAAUGUGUGUAAAGCAGAACAUGUGUUAGGACAUCCGGAGACUUAUAUAAUUGUUAAAUAACUAGUGCAAUAAUUGUGCUGUGGGUGUCAUUUUAGUGUGGAAAAAAACUGUAAUAGCAGGGGGAGUCAUACCAAAGACUAUAAAAAUGGGAGCCAUUACCUCCUUGCCUGACACUCAGCAUCAAGGGUUGCAACUAGGGGGUUAAAUCACCAAAAAAUGAUUCCCGGUCCCGGCCACGGCUUCUGCUCGCUGCUCCCCUCGCCUCCCAGAGGGUGAUCAGGGGUGAUGGGUCAAAUGCAGAGAAAAAUUUCGCCACACCUCGUGUGUGUGUGUGUGUGUGUGUGACUAUCAUUGGUACUUUAACUUUCACUUAAAUAUUCAUGACAAAAUUGUGCUUUGUUUUAAAGAUGUGUUAUUUUGAUUUACACUGUAUGAAGAAAAAAUGGCAUUGGAGAAGGCAUUGGACCGUGUCCCUCGGGAAGUCCUGUGGGGAGUGCUCAGAGAGUAUGGGGUAUCGGACUGUCUUAUUGUGGCGGU